CCGCCCGGGGCCGGCCGAGGCGCCGCUGGGGGCUCGCCUUUCGAGCGUUGCGGCCCGGCGCUGGGGGAGGGGCGGCUGGACCGCGGCCGGGCGCUCGCUCGGGGCCUGGGCGCUGCGGGGAGCGCCGCGUCUUGUGCUGGCGGAGAGAAGGAGCGAGCUCGGCGCUGCGCAGGAGGCUGUAACAGAGACUGAGCCGUUUCUUGGCGGCCCCGCCGCCAGCCCCCCCCCGGUUUUGGCGACUGCGGUGAGUCAGCGUCGGCCCGCGCCCCGCCUCGGCCCCGCGGUGACUGGGCAGCGCCGCCGCUGCUGGUCAUGCUCAGGCAUGUCGGGCCGCGGCCGGCGGAGGAGCUAAGCCCCGACUUGCCUCUUGGCAGCGCUAUAUAAGAGCCCGGCCCGGCUCGGCCCAGCUGCCUGCUGCCGGAGCUCAGCGUGUGGGUUGGACGCGGGCGCUGAGGCAGAUGUGCAAUACCAAGAUGUCUUCGCUCACGGACGCCGCUCCUGGCACCGCUUCGGAGCAAGAGGCGCUGGUUAAGCCAAAGCCCCUGCUGCUGAAGUUGUUAAAGCUAGCUGGUGCGGAGAAGGACACUUUUACUAUGAAGGAGGUAAUAUUCUAUCUUGGACAAUAUAUUAUGUCUAAGCAAUUGUAUGAUGAAAAACAGCAACAUAUUGUACACUGUGCAAAUGAUCUCCUGGGGGAUUUAUUUGGAGUAACCAGUUUUUCAGUAAAAGAACACAGGAGACUAUAUUCAAUGAUAUCCAGAAAUCUGAUAGCAAUCAAUCAACAAGACUGUACCCUUGCUGACACACCUGAGGAUGAUAGCAGAUUUCAGCUCCAAGAAGAAAAUGUUCUUAAGGAAUCUAUGCAAGGGCUGGAAGAGAAGCAGGCUUCACCAACCACAGCUUCACGGCCAGCUACAUCUUCUAGGAGGAGGACACACAGUGAAUCUGAAGAAGAUUCUUCAGAUGAUGUGCACAGUGAGAGAAGAAAACGCCACAAAUCAGACAGCAUUUCGCUGACCUUUGAUGAAAGUCUCUCCUGGUGUGUGGUCAGUGGCCUGUGCCGUGAGAGAAGCAACAGCAGUGAUUCAACAGAUUCUCUUUCCAUUCCUGAUCUUGAUGCCAGUUCAUUAAGUGAAAACUCUGAUUGGUUUGACCACAGUUCUGUUUCAGACCAGUUCAGUGUAGAGUUUGAAGUUGAGUCUAUUUAUUCAGAAGACUAUAGCCAUAAUGAAGAAGGACAGGAGCUCACAGAUGAAGAUGAUGAGGUCUAUCAGCUGACUAUUUACCAGGAUGAAGACAGUGAUGCUGAUUCCUUUGAUGAAGAUCCAGAGAUCUCUCUAGCUGAUUAUUGGAAGUGUCCCGAAUGUAGUGAAAUGAAUCCUCCGCUUCCACGGCACUGCCACAGAUGCUGGGCCCUUCGUGAGGAUUGGCUCCCAGAAGAAAAGAGUGAUAAAUUGGAAAAGAGCAAAUCAGAAAGUUCCUUCCCUCUAGAAGCUGAAGAAGGUUUUGAUGUUCCUGAUGGCAAGAAAGUGAAACCAGCUGAGGAGAAAGAGCCGCCAGCUGUGGAGGAGAGCAAGGACAAAGCCGCACACAUCUCUGACUCCCAGGAGAGUGAAUAUUACUCCCAGCCCUCGACAUCAAGCAGCAUGUUUUGUAGCAGUCAGGAGGACUUCAAGGAACCUGAGAAGAGGGAGGUGCUAGACAAAGAAGAAGGCACCGAAUCCAGUCUGCCUGUUACCAGCAUUGAGCCCUGUGUUAUAUGUCAGAGCAGGCCUAAGAACGGCUGCAUAGUACAUGGCAAAACAGGACACCUCAUGUCUUGUUUCACGUGUGCAAGGAAGCUGAAGAAGAGGAACAAGCCCUGUCCCGUGUGCAGGCAGCCCAUCCAAAUGAUUGUGCUAACUUAUUUUAGUUAGGUGGAAAGCAGCUAAAGGCACUUCAGGAACUGCUUGAGAGAAUUAAGAAGCUAUUUUUGUACGCUUAGGGGGAAAUUCAUAUUUUGGGUCUCUUUAACCUUUGGUAUGAAAAGUAAUUGGCUGAAAGAAAUGCACUGGAGUGAAGAGGGUAGCCUGUUGUGCAGAAGUAGAGGUGAAGACUUUAAUCCUUCUCAGUUUGUCAGUUCUAACAGAUUCCUCUAAGUCUUUCCAGUUCCAUACAAGUUAGUGACAUUUGUUUUCCUGGAUUAAAUGCACACAUUAAAAACCCCAAAGCAAAUGGUUAGGAGAGGAGGAGUUCCUUCUCCUAAGAUUCCUCAUAUUCCAGUAUCAUUUGUUUGGUGAAGGCAGCAGGCUCUGAAUAAGUCAAUAAAACAAAUAAACAGAAUCUUGUCUCCCUCAUUCCCAAAGUUCCUGCAAGUAACCAAAUUCCAAGGGAGAUCUUACCAGGAGGUAAUAGGAGUGAUAGGAAAUCAUUUAAUGUUUGGGAAACAGGAAAGGGUGCUGUGUGUCUUCUUUUUAGAGUGUGCAUUGUCAGCUUCAGGGCUCUGUGUGUCCUGAGAAGUCCUUGAUCCGAGUUCAGUCUCUUAAAUGUCCUGAGCAAAACUGACUGUGGCUUUGGAAGUCUGUACUGGGCAGAUGAUGAUUUUAGUAGCAUGAGAGGAGACUUGAACAGGUGAGAAAGGAAGGAGAAGCUAUGUGAUGUCAAGUCAGGCAAUAUUAGGGCACAGCCUUCCUCUUUUCCUGCACCUGUUUGGUGUCAGCAGUUAGAGCAUGCAGCUUCCUCACUACAUUCAGUUGAACAAAACCAGUAAGAAAACAAAAGUCCACUUCCAUCUGCAGGAAGAACUAAGCUGUGUAGCUCUAGUUCCCAUGGGCCCUCUUUAACCCCAGUAGUGCUUCCAACUUCUGUUGCUCUUAGCUGUAUCACAAGAACGCUGAAAAUCCCCUGCAAGGUGUUUGGCUAACUCAAGGUUGUUCUCACUGGACCUGUCCUGUACUGCUUUCAGCUCUUGUCUCCUUACUGUACUGUGUCCAAAGCUUUGUGGAACUUGCCAGUUCCUUUCUUAAGGAGUCUGCUAACUGACUCAGUUCUGUGCUGUGUUCAACAUAGGUAGCCUGAGGAUGUUUCUGUAAGUUCAGGUAUCUUCAGGAUGCAGUUAGAGGGCUCAUCUGAGCUGCUCUCUGUAGAGUCUCUGUAUUUAUUCCUUUGGAAAACCAGCUACAAGAGGAAGAGUUUGGUUUCAGCACCUUUGAAAUUUUGACUGAUCAUCUGCCCAAUAGAGAAUGGCAAAUAAGUAGUCAGGGGAGUGCCAAGAAUGAGGCUGUGGCCUGAAAGCCGAUAUUGUGCUGUUAUCUCCUGCAGGCCAAGGUUAAACAGCUUCUUGAACUCCACCAGUACAGCACCACAGAUUAAUCCAGAGGACCUUUAAAGGUUUUCUCCUAGCCAAAAGGAUUUUAUGGGUCUGUAAUCAAACUGCUGAUGCCUGUGUGCUAAGGCAAGGGCUUUGACUGCAGUUAACUACCUUCUUGUCAGAGCUGGCAUAGUUGUUGUGGUAUAAAGUGUCUGGAAAUCAGGCCUUCAGACAGCUGGAAGACACAGCAGUACCUAGGAGAAGGACCUAGAGCUGUAGAGGAGAGACUUUGUAAAGCCUGGGUUGUUACUUGGCCUUCAAAGAAUUUAUUUAAUAGGUGAAAUCUGAAUUCUCAGCAUCAGUCUUGUUGGAGCUAAUCUGGAAAAGCACUAAGAGAUCUGAGCUCACCAUAGUUCACUUCUACUAAACAAGAUCUAAAGGCCAGGUUUGGAUGUUUCUUCAGAUUCCUACUUGCAGACUUGGCUGUUUGGAAAGUGACAGCAGGUAGCCGGAAGGUCCUGAAGUUCUUUUUGUUGGUAGAAACUUUUUGAUGGGACUUCUGAUAAUCCUUGAACCUAAAGUGGAAAAGUCCUUUGGGCAGAUAUUUACCUCGUUCAGAAUCACAGAAUUAACCAGGUUGGAAAAGACUUAUGAGAUUGAGUCCAACCUAUCACCUAACACCUUCUAGUUAACUAAACUAUGGCACUAAGUGCCUCAGCCAGUAGAGGUGCAUCUCCUAGGUGGCUGUCUGUCUUAAUUCACACUGCUGCUUUUUGGUUUGGUAAACUCCAAAGUGCAGUGAAGCUGGCAAAGGCUUUUCCAUGGUACCUGCAGAUCAGAACCAAACAAGAGAUCAUCUUGCAGUCUGUAGCUGAGAGAGAGUUUUGUAGAUGUGUCCAGGAACAGCACUGGUAACAAAGGGACUGUACUUAGGAAGCUUUGCCUGUAGGUUGUCUCCUGGUUCUUGCUGAUUCUCCAGUUUGCUGCCUUUUUAUACUGGUGGCUGUGUAACUGUGGUUCUGACAGAGCAGCUGUUCUUACCUACUUCCUACUGGGACAGAUUGUACCACCCCACUCUUGGCAUUCCCUUCCAAUCAGCCCCCUGAAGUGGCCUCUCUAUUUAAAAACAGUACUGCAGCUCUCAGAAAGGCAACAUGCAGCCAGAGCAACCAUCUCUGCUGUGCCCAGGCACUCAGCUUUGGGAUUUGGCUCCAGAGCCAAUUGACUCUCCUAGUAACACCUUCUGUUUUGGCAAAAGUUACGCUGAGAGUGUACUGCAGAGCACAUCCUAAGGAACAAAAAUGCAGAGUUGCACCAGCCUGGCACGGUUUCUGUUGUGGAGAACAGCCCUGGAGAUACCCUCCACGCAGUACUGAGGAAAUGGCUAAUUCUGAUUGCUGCAGCUGUGCCCAGACUGCUGUGUCAGAGUGAAUCAUUGCUUGGAAUUCUGUUUUCUGACUUCAUACAGUGCUUAAUAACUGCCAGGAUAGGGUUUGGUUUAUCCUUCUCAGCAUGGCUUAAAAUGAAGGGAGUGAUGACUGUUAGUGUCUGUUCCAGGCCUUGUAAGAGAUGCUGGCAGGGAAGAGCACUCCAGAGCUUUGGCCAGCCUCAGGCCAGGAUGAGCCCUUAAGCCAAAAGGCUGAAAUCUGAGUCUGCCUCUGUGCUGGGCAUGUGUAGAGCAGGUGCUGACCACCCUGGUGGUUAUCACUUUGAGCUCUGCAGCCUAUAAGCACAUUUCUGGGCAGCAGCACAGAAUUCAGCAGGAGUUUAUGGUACAGAAGCUGAGAAUUGAUCUUACUCGUUGAUGCCUUUUGAGAUCCUUAAUUUAAUCUUAAUUUAUUGCAGUUUGUAAAUAUUUCUGUGCUUACAGUUAAGUGUUUUGAGCUUUAAUUUAUUGAACUGGUCUCCUUGGGUACGUGUGUAGAUACAUCAGUGUGCAGUGUGCUAAAUCACAGGCACAAGAGAAGAACAAGAGUGAAGAAGCUAGCAUGUAAAGAUUCAGGUUAUAUUCAGAGAGGCACAAGAGGAUUUAUGUCUUUGGGGUUUGGGUUUUGGGGUUUUUCCCUUCUCCUAGAAGAAAAAUAGAGAUGGAUGGAGGCUGGUAGAGCAUCAGCAGAGUGAAAAGGUUUUUGGUGCUGUUUGUUUGCCUUUGGAAUGCUUUUAUGCCUUUGAGUACGGCCAAGGAGCUCAGCUGUCUGCUCCUUGGGGCUGCUUAUCUUGGAGGUGAUGGUGUGAGAGAGGUGGUGAGAGGUUUCAGUGGUAAUUUGCAAGGGGUGGCAAUGGUUUUUGUGACCAAGACAGUUGAAGGGCUGGCUGGAGGCUGACAAAAUGUGACAGUAGAGUCUUUGUUCCUUCAUGUACAUCAACUAGGUGUUAGGUGCAGAUGCUACAAGAACUCUCACUUUUGUAAAGUACAAUAAACCUACCUUUGAUUAAAUAUGACUCUUUUCCCACUGUGUAGCUAUUUAUUACUAUUGAAAUCCAGCUCCUGACCCAAGGAAGCAAAGUGAAGUACUAGAGGCAAAGUGGUUUCUUUUCAGAGGGCUAAAAGUGUCAAGUAGUAAAGCAUCUGAGAACCUGUAGUGCUAGACUCUUCACUUCAGAUUGAUUGGUCAUGAAGUCUGCUGUUUUCCUCCUCCUAAAAUCCUUGCUCAGCUGAAACAGAAGCAGCUGGAGUGCUGAUGAUGUUGAACAUUCACCUUGCAGAGGUGCUGCUUUCUGCUGAGCAGCAGCCCUUGGCUGCUUUACUGUUGCUGAGGAGCACACUGGAAGAAACUUGUAGCCCCCAUGCUGAGCUUCGGGGGGGGGGCUGUGGCUGCCACUUCCAUUGGCAGGGUGACUUAGGCUUAAAGUGCUUCAAAAUGUCAGCCACUGCAAAGCAUUACUUUGGCACAGCUUUUAUCACCAAGUGCUGUGAAGUUGUUUAAAUGGCAUUGUCACCAAAAUGUCUGGGGUUGGGUAGGAAGCCACCUGAAAAACUUCAGGCAGGUUUCUCCCCCUAGAGAUGAGCGUGAGGCAAAAGAAUGUCCUCAUUCCUGCUGUCAGCAAGAAGAAGAGCUUCAAGAAAGCUGUGCUUUUAAAAAGGAGAGAUUAGACAGUUGCUAGAAGCAUAAUGCACCUGGAGAAACUGAAAUUAGUAAAGGAUUAGUAGAGAGGUGAAGACAUUUUCUUGCCCAUCUUAACCUCAAGCUGUUGCUGCUGCGUUAGGGCAGAACUUCAGAAGUAAGCAAGCAGUUAGUUUAUGCAGUGUGGAGCAGCAAGAUGCAUCUGCAGCACUUGGCCUAAGAGGAGAUACUUGCUGUGGUGCUUCCCUCUAGGAAGGAGCUUUGAAGGGCAGAUCUAGGCGACUGGCAACAGGGCAGUGCUGAGACCUGUGCCACAGUGCCAGCAGGUGGAUGCAGCUGUGCCUGUAGGAUCUCCUCUGUACUUCCUACAGCACACUGUGCAGUGUGUUUCUCCUCUUCACGGCUGCCCCCCUGCACCGUGGUGCCCCCAGCUGCCAAGGCCAGUGCUUUGCUGGAGUAUCAGAAGUCCCAUGUGGCUGGGGGGUGUCUGCUGUGGGGAAUCAUCCACACCCGAUUGCUGAAAUUCUCCAGCUCCUUUGUAUCCAAGUCAAAGCCUUUUCUUGAGCUCCUUAUUUGGCCUUUACAGGUUGCACAAACAAUGUAAAGGGGAAAAAAACCUCUCUGAAGUCUUGGCUUAAGCUGUCUUUUAACAACCAGUUGCACUUAGACCACAACUGAAGUACUGCUUUAGCUCAUGUGUGCUUUUUGUUUUACCUAGCCCACACACUGAAAGCUUCCAGUGGCUGCUCCUCUGCAGUGUGUGUCUCUGUACUGCAGAUGUAACCUUUGGUGGUGUCUGCCCUUCUGAGUUGCUUCAUCAGCCUGAUUCUGAAGGGACGUUUCCUCCCCUAACAAAUAGCUUUUCCAAGAGCAGAGUUUUUACUUUCUUAAGCCUGACUGCACCUAGCUGCCCCAACAACUACUGAACAGGCUGGGUUAGGGGGAGCUGAAAUCCCCAGGCAAGUUUGCCAUGCUUUCUAGAUGAAGAUGCUCUCAAGACCCUGUCACACUGCCUACCUGCUAGCUGCCCACUGCACAAACUACCACAGCCAGGCCCCACUGAAAUAGCCACUCCAAUAAUUGCACAGAGCAUUGCUCCUCUCACGAGGAGAAGAAUUAUGGCUCAUGCCUUUGUCUUUCUGUUUCCAGUGUUUCCUUUUCUGAGGAAACUGAGUACUAUUGUUGCAUUGGAAGAAAAAAAGAGCUUUAAAUAAAGAUUUGUUUAUAUA